AUGACCGGCACGACCUCCUCCAGUCUUGCACCAAAGCCUGUUGGUGUUGACGAAUGCGGCAAUCCCAUCACGGUCGACUUCCGGACUCAUUUUGAGCGUCGGCUGUUGCGAGCUCCCAUCCUGCAGGAUGUGGACUGGCGCGGUGGAAAAAUCAAAAACUGUCGCGAACCCAUCGCGAAGCACGCAGCGGUUGUUCAACGAACGGGCAUGGAAGCCCCUGCAGGCCAGGCUUGCAAGAACUGCCGUGGGGGCUGCGGUCCAUUUGCGUCCUGUCGUGUUCUUGUUAUCGAGGGCCAUGUUAUCUUUGCUGGUGGUUGCGCUUCUUGCAAUUACAAUUCCAGCGGCAAGAAGUGUUCCUUCCGAAAGGCUCCACAGCUCGCCAACUGGAUCCUUGCUCCUCUACGCAAGCAGAAUCCCAACCAUCCGCUUCUGCGAGCUAUCGUUCCUCCGUCCGCUUCUUCUGUAAGCCGCGUUACUACCUCUCCCGCCACCCAUGCGGUUGCUUCUCCUGCGGCCCGUCUUGCUGCUUCUUCUGCCAGUGGUACUGCCGCGUCUCUUUCUGGCGGCGCUACUAAGUCUUCGGUAACGCCGUUCUUGGAGUCCCUUGCUGGGUCUACCAUCCCAGGUUCACAGGUGAUGACUCGCGCCAUGGGCAAACGGCAAGCUCAAGCUCCACUCACCGAUCCUAGGACUCUAGCCCGGAAGGUGCAGAAACAAUCCACAUACAGCUCUAAAACCUCGUCCACUCCUAGUUCCGCCCGCAAGGGUAAGAGCCUAGGUCUCGCCUUUCCUGCUAGGUGGUACACAACCCCUCUUUUAGAGAAGGAUUUCCUCCAGGCCACCAACCAAAAUGACUUUGCGGCCGUUCGUGCGGUCUUCCGUGAGCUGCCAGACGUUAUUCACCGCGUUGAGUCCGACAUCAAGCGCAUAAAGCACUUUCUGUCUAAGAAGGGCGAAAUGGAUACCCCCGAGCCCAAGGAGGAAUCUACCCAAUCAGAGGAAAAUCCUUUCGCCAUGAGCUCCUCUGAUGAGGAGUGA